CAUGCGCGACACUCGAUCACACUUUCCCAUCACUUCAUCGCAUUUUGGAGCCUUCUGAAACGUUGAUCCAGGCCAAGACGCGCUGUCCGCUUUUACGCACCUCAUCCACUGUCAUUACUCACCAACAUCACCUUGGAGAGAAUAGACGAGGAUUGUUGCACGACAAAACCCGAUCACAUUCUCCGGACGUCCCGUUCAUUUCGAUCGUCAUGUCCUCCGGUGAUGCCUCGGAGCAGGUUCGGCGGGUCAGCGUGCUGUCCUGGGAUCAGGUGCGGCGUCUGGACGCCAUCCUGGGGGAGAGCGUCCCGAUCCACGGCCGCGGAAACUUCCCCACGCUGUCCGUGCAGCCCCGGCAGAUCGUCCAGGUGGUCAGGGCUCGACUGGAGGAGCGGGGCGUGGAGGUCCGUGACGUGAAGCUGAAUGGCUCGGCAGCCAGCCAUGUCCUGCACCCGGACAAUGGUCUUGGCUACAAAGACCUGGACCUGAUCUUUGGCUUAAAUCGAACUGAUGACAAAACUUUCCGGGUGGUGAAAGAUGUGGUGCUGGACUGCCUGGUGGACUUCUUGCCUGAAGGGGUGAGCAGGGACCGAAUGACAGCCCUCACCCUGAGGGAGGCGUAUGUGCAGAAACUGGUGAAAGUUUGCAAUGACACAGACCGUUGGAGCCUCAUCUCACUGUCCAACAACACCGGCAAGAACGUGGAGCUAAAGUUUGUAGACUCCCUGAGGCGACAGUUUGAGUUCAGUGUUGAUUCCUUCCAGAUCACUCUGGACUCAUUGCUGCUCUUUGACCGGUGCUCAGAGACGGCCAUGUCUGAGACCUUCCACCCCACAGUGCAGGGGGAGAGCAUGUAUGGAGACUUUGAGGAGGCUCUGGGUCACCUUCGCUCCCAGACUAUAGCCACCCGCAGCCCAGAAGAAAUCAGAGGCGGCGGGCUGCUCAAGUACUGUCACUUGCGGGUGCGCGGCUUUCGGCCGUCCUGUGAAACGCGGAUGAAACAGAUGCAGCGCUACAUGUGCUCGCGCUUCUUCAUUGACUUUCCUGACAUAUGUGAGCAGCAGAGGAAACUUGAGGGCUAUCUGCAGAACCACUUUGCGGGCAUGGAGCACAAGCGCUAUGCGUACCUGGUGACGCUGAGACAGGUGGUGGACGAGAGCACUGUGUGUCUGAUGGGCCAUGAGCGCAGACAGACGCUGGCCCUUAUUUCCGCCCUGGCACUGCGUGUAAUGGCAGAACAGAAUGCUAUCCCUGCUCUGGCCAACAUCACCUGCUACUACCAGCCAGCUCCCUAUGUCAGAGACGUCAACUUCAGCAAUUACUAUGUGGCACAAGUUCAGUCACCCAUGGCCACAUUCAGUAACUCUUAUCAAACGUGGCUGCCUUGCAGCUGA